AUGAUUUAAAAUAAUUGGUGUUAAGGAGAAAUAUAUAAUAUUUCAGGAAGACAAGGGUUUUAUAGCUAUUACUGGUUGUUUGAAAAAACAACUUUUUAAAUAAAAUUUACAAAUGAUUCAGAAAUCAUCUACUCUCAAUUUGGAAAUAUAUUAAGAACGUAAUGAUAAUAAUAUUGACAAGAGAAAAAAUAAUAGAUAAAAAGAACAAAACUAUUAUAAUGACAAACUUGGAAUAAAUUAAGCAUCUUAAAUGGGAAGGGGAAUAUGGAAUCAAUAAUGUGUAGACUGGUAAAUGGAUUGCAUUUUGGAAAGGAAAAUAAUUAGAUGUAGGAGGAGAGUAUAAUGAAAAUGGAUUGAAAAUAGGAAAGUGGAUUGAAUUAUUUGAAAAUUAUUGGGAGUAAUAAUUAUCAAUUUAAAUAGAUAUUCACCAGUUACAUAUAUUGGAGAAUAUUAAGAUGGAAAUAAAUAAGGAAUAUGGGAUACAUUUUAUGAAAAAUAGAAAAUGUAAUAAUUAAUAAAUUGAAAUUUUUUAGAGGAGGAGGUACUUAUUAAAAUGGUAAUAAAAUUGGUAAUUGGAUUGAUUUAUAUGAAAAUUAUUAUUGGUGAUAAUAUUAUAUAUAUUAUUAGCUCAUGUAAAGUUACUUAUACAGGAGAAUAUUAGAACAAUAAUAAAAUUGGUAGAUGGGAUACUAUAUAUUAAAAUAGAAUUAUGUAUAAAUCUUUAUGAAUAUAACUAUUAUUUAUAGUGGAAGUACUAAUUAUGAUUAAAAUGGAGUGAAAAAUGGAAAAGGAAUUGAAUUGAAUGAGAACUUCUAUUAGUAUUAUAAAUUUCAAGAUUUUAAAGUUGUUGUUAAGUUGUAUACAUAGGAGAAUAUAAGAACAAUAUUAAGAUAGGUAGAUGGGAUACAAUUUAUUUAGAAAAUAAUAUAAUUAUGUAAUAAUUCUUAAUUAUUCAUUUAUAGUGGAGGAGGUAAUUAUGAUAAUAAUGGUUUGAAAGAAGGCGAAUGGGUAGAUUUGCAUGAUGGAUAUAAUAUGUAAUUAAAAUGAAUAGCGAAUUAGAUAUUAUAAAUAAAUUUAAUCAGGAACAUAUAAGAAUGGUAUUAGACAAGGUACAUUUAUAGAAUCAUUUUUAACUUGA